CGGGUGUGUGUGUGUGUGUGUGUGGGUGUGUGUGAGUGUGUGUGUGUGAGAGGGAGUGAGAGAGAGAGAGAGAGAGAGAGAGAGAGAGAGAGAGAGAGAGAGAGAGAGAGAGAGAGAGAGAGAGAGAGAGAGAGAGAAGGCGGAUCGGUGGAAGAUGCUUUGUCGAAGUCAGGCGCAUGUAGAAUGUAUGCGAAGCUUCCAGCGAGAGGUCGGGAGACCUCACAAAGUGGUGGAUCUGAGCGAGUAUGCGGCGAAGAAGAAGGAGGCGCUGAAGCGGGCGGAGGCAUUGCGGGAAGAGAAGAAACGCGAGUCGGAAGGGAAGGGACCUCGAACAAGGAAGUAUAGCUGGGGUGGACUGCCAGCCGAAGGUCUGCCGAUCGACUACACAUGGACAAAGCCGGAUGAGGAUCCUCGGACUUUGCAGACGGAGUCCAGUCAGGUCUCCGUGUUCUCGUCGUCCGCUCCGAGGACGCCGAAGCAGCGGAGGAAGCCCCCCUUGGAUACGAACUUGGCGGAAGCAGUCGCCGGGUCGAUUGCCCGAUUGACAAGAGGCAAUGGAGACGCGGGUGGGGGAGACUCCGGUGGGUCUACUCCGAGCGAGCGGAGUACAGGCGCGCUGCGAUCCUCGUGCCAGAGCCUUCCCGAUCCUGCCGCCAUAUCGAGGUCCGUGGCUCGUCAAUUUCGGGACAUAUCUGGGGACCCUCGUUCGUCUCCACGAAGUUCCGCGUCGGCGGGAGUUGUUAGCCGAAGCCCUCGGGCGGCAUCCGAUCGACGUGGGAGAGCGGACAAUGGAGGAGGACAAGGAGCAGGCGGUUGCCGCAAGGACAAGGAGCAGGUCUGUUCAUCUUCCGGUAAUCAGCCGGCGUCGGGCACUGAUGAGGGAGGAGAGCAAACCCUUUCGUCACCGGUGUUUUGUCUGUCACCUUCGUCCAGCAUGAGGGGGGGGGUGAACGACACCCCCACCCUCGAGGGUGCAGGCGAGGAUCUGCUGCUCCCCCAGGGCAAACCAGCAGCAGCACAUGAUGAUGAGAGUGCAGAGUGUGGGCAAGAAGACGGCUUUGACGGCUGCUGCUCGGUGAGGAGUGGCAGCCAGGGGGACUUGCCUCAGUCGCCUUCAUCUCUCAUGAGAGAGACGAAAGCUUUUGCAGCGAAGAAAAAACCUCCGGCCAUCUCGGUGUUGAAGGAAUUUAGCGCGUUUGGUCGGUCGCUCGAUCGCCGAGGGGAUGGGAGUGGCAUGUGGGGGAGCGUUCGGGGCUGCGUUAAGUCUGGCAGUGUGAACGAUUUGAGGCGAAGCGUUGGGAAUCUGAGAGAGAUUGCAGGUAGCAGCAGUGGUGGUAAAGCUCCUUUAUGUACUACUGAGAUGAUGGCUCGUGCGAGUAAGUCACCACAGAUGAAGUUUGUCCCGUCUUCGAUUCAAGUGGGAGGCAAGGUUGGUGGGAAGGAGAAUGGUGCGGAAGAGAGGAAGAAGGCUUUGGGUGCAGCAGGAUCGCGGCUCUCCUCGAGUGUCGUUUUUGAGAGAAACCAUUUUUCAGGGAAGGGUGGUCCUGCUUCUUCAACUCGUGAUGGAUAUGGGGAGAAGUGCGCAGCUGUCCCGAAGUGGCCGUGUGUGGGACCUCUGCCAACGAAGACCGGGAAGUCGAGGCCGGGAUUAGCAGGAGGAUCUGGACUCGUCGGGACCUCCGCGUACAAGAGCAGUCCAAGGAGCACAGCCGAGGCCGGGGAGCCGAAGUCCAACAAGGCAGCAGCCGCGGGCGAAGAGAAGCGCCAUGAUGGCGGGAAGGGAAACGAUAAGGGAAGAGGACGAGAAGGACCAGAGGUGGGAAUGGGAUCGGAUGGCUAUCGUGGCAACUGCGGGGAAUCAACGGAUGUUCCCCGUGUUUCAGAUGCCAUGGGCUCCGCUGGCCCUCCCUCCUCGGUAUUACCGACAGCUAAGGCACUAGAGGAAGAUGUCGAGUAUAGGAAGGACCUCGAUCGUACGGACGAGUAUAGGAAGGAGCUCGAUCGUACGGACAAGUAUAAGAGGAAGGACCUCGAUCGUACGGACGAUCAUGCGGAGAAUGACGGUGCGAUGGAGUUGAUAGGAGAAGAAGAAGCUACUUUUGGUGCAUUAGGUCGGGCGAUGGAACCGAGGAUUGGAAAAGAGGAGGGUGACAAGAACGGCGAGGAGGAGGUUGUUCUGGCAGAAGGGAGAAUGCUGGAAGCAGCAGCAGCAGCUGGCAAUGCGCUGGCUGAUCGAGCAGUGGAGGAUCGGAAAUUGUCGUCUCACCAGCUGUUGCGGAAAGGAGAAAUGGAAGAGGACGAGACUAAAGACGCUAGCGGACUAAGGAGGAAAAGCGUGGAUACACGCAGAGAGGAAGAGAAAGCAGCCGCCGAGAAGAAGGAGAGGGAGGUGGUGGCGACGACGAAGCCCCAUGAAAAUGACACAGAACUUGCGCCGGCGCAGAUUCUCGCUGUUCAAGCGACGACACGCGAUCCUUAUGCUGAAGGAGAGGAGGACACAGUGCGCGCUCCAUCGUAUGCUAGUCAAUCUCAAGCAGCAGAACGCUUAUUGGGCGAAGUCGAGGCAAAGAAGAAGUCAGACGCCGGUCAGCGGAGGGUGUCCAUCGACGCCGGGCGUGAGACUCCUCGGCAGUACAUGAUCGAGAUUGUGAGCGAAGGGAAAGACGAUGGCAACGAAGCAAGGAAUGAAGGUGGCGGGCUGGCGAUGGAGAGCUCUGUCGAGCAGACUGGCGUUCAGGAAAAGAGUAUCCGAUUCGCUGAUGAGCUCGGGACUAGAGGCGGCGGCCCCUACGAGGGAAGGGAAGUAACGGAAGGCAGAAGCCAUGCAAGCCGCGCUGAAGAAGAAGGCAGUGACGUCCAGUGCAGCCGUGUUGCAGAGGAGGAGGAAGUGGGAGAUGGUAGCACCCACCCGGGAAGGCAAGCCUGCCUCAUUCCCGGCGAAGAAAUCGAGGAGGAAAGAGACGAUGCAGUGGUGAUGGAGGAGGCUGGCGGGUCGGUGGAAGGGGAGACUGCCGAUCGCUGUGAAACAGAACGACAAGGAAGAACGUCUGCUCAACGCGGAGGACGUACAUCCGAAGAAGAGCAUGAUGGAACAGAGCUUUUUGCUGGUUCGCAGCGGGAAGAUCGUUCAGCAGGUAUCGAGGAAGGCCGCCUCGAUGGAGCGGCAGGGUCCGCGAAGCUCGUCUCAGCGUUUCAAAACGCGAUUGUGGCGGAAGGCGCAACAUCAGCGAAUGACUCUGGCGACGAGGAUAAGACAGAAGACGAUACGAAGAGCAAAUCUCAGCGUUGUUGUAAGAAGACGAGUUGCACAGUGGGCAUGGCAGGCGAGCAUGGAGAAGAGGAAGAGGAGGAAGGAGGAGGUAGGGGAGUAUCAAAGGAGAAACCCCGGACAGAGCAUGAUCAGUAUGGUCAGUCCGACGGAGGAGUAGAGAUUAAGGAGCAGGAUAGCGAGCGACGCGAAGACGCGCGGGCGUACGGCCAAUCGACUGCUUCGGAGCACAACAGCAAUAAUAAUAGGAACAGCUGGCAAGAGGAGGUAAGUACGGAGGAGGAAAGAGAGAAUGGAGGAAAUAGUGGUUGCGAUAUGUCGGGCGAAUCGUCGUUGGAAUUCGAGACCCCUUUGUCGACGCUUAAGUCGGAAAGGGAGUCGUCGUUGGAAUUUGAGACCCCUUCGUCGACGUUUAAGCCCGAAAGGGGAAGGGGUGGUGGAGUGAUUGACUUUCGUAAGAGUAUAGAGUUGUGGGAGAAGAGCGCGGAGUGCGGAUUUGUGACGAAGGAUGGCCGUAGGAUUGAUGGGAACACAAAAUCACUUGGCAAGCUCACGCUGGGAGAAGCAAUUAGGUACACGAAGCGAAAAAUGAAGGAAGGAGGAGGAGGAGGAGGAGGUCGUGACAGGAACGGAACUGGCGGGGGUACUCCACCGCUCCCGGUGCGAGAGAAGGACGGGUCAGGAACGACCACCAAGCACGGUCCGCCUAGCAGGUAUCGUCUGCCGCUAACGCCCGCAGCUCCACUGAUACGGGCGCCCGCCCCUCCAGCAGUACGGUCGCUGGUUCCUAGUACUACCUGUGACACGAAUGCUCCUGUUGAGGAAGGGGUUGCAGGCAAGGACGAGGGAUCCGGUGAGGGUGUGGCAGACGGGCGCGGGAACCUGUCGGAGACUAACGCUGGCGAUCGGACAAGUGACGCACAGGAGGACGUUGUGGAGGAUCGAGCGAACGGCGCUGAUCGUGUGAAGAAUGGCUGUGGUAUAGAGAAGAGCGAGAUGGAGGAGGAGCGAGAGGACUCUGACGCGACCGAUGAUGAUCGGACGGCGAUCGAAGAUGCGAGAGGGGCAGCACACAGGUGGAGUGAGAGUAGUCCGGCGGAGCAGGAGGCAGAGCAGCAGCGUCACAAGGAAGGAGGGGAGCAUAAUUCCGUACGAGGUGCUCAUGUCGUUGGUGGUGCUACAAGUGCUGUCGGGCAAAUGACCGGCGCGGCCACGGGAGAAGCUAUGUUUCCUUGCCCGGAUUGCGGAAGGAGAUUCAAUCACGCGUCGCUUAACAGACACGUACUGUUCUGUAAAUCGUCUGGAGGAAGGGCGAGAAUACGUCCGUCCUUUCGAGUGAAUGGCAGUAGCAGCAGUGAUCACGAGAGGUCGUGGGGCCACGAUGAAAAUCUUGUAGCACGAGUCGGGGGCUCCGAAGCUACCUGUAAGGACUCGGCCGGGAAGCAUCAGCAGCAACAGCAGCAGCAGGAGCAGCAGGAGCAGCGGCCACAUCAACCUCAACAGCAGGAGCAAGAGCACCCAUAGGACCACGAACAGAUCGCCAGUCACUGUGAAUGAUCAUCGACACCUCUCCUUGUCAUGCGCGUGAUCGAUCAAUUUUGUCUGCCUGCCUCAGUGCCGUAGAGCAAGCCAACGAGAGAGAGAGAGAGAGAGAGAGAGAGAGAGAGAGAGAGGAGUAUACGAGGUUUUCUUACUAACAGUUGUUGCCCACUUCUCACGCUCCUGCUAAGGUUCCUUUGAUGCCGUAUUUCGGCGUAUUGCAUGUUCUCGU